ACACAGGAAGGGAGGCUUGGUCACGUGCUCAAUCGAUGUCAGAUCACCUCUAAGAAGCGCCACUUUGAUCUCCCACCAUAAACUGAGGACUAAACUAUAAACCAUCAUCUUGGGAUCUUGCCUUGAUAAUGCCUUGAUAAUACCUUGACGAUACCCGACAGGAUGAUGGUCCACGCAGCAAUAGCCGUACUGAUCGCGGGCUCGCUAGUGUCAUGCGCAAACGGUAGUCACGUGUUUGAUCACACGACCCACACAUUGGAUAAAAAGUUCGACAUCAUCGCAAAGCCGAAAGCGCCGGACUAUUUGACGGUACUCCUCAAGGGGAAAGACGGGCGUACAGGGCCGCCCGGUGCACAGGGUGAUGCUGGUCCCCCCGGUGACCAAGGCCCCCCUGGACCAACAGGUGACAAGGGCAUGCCUGGGAGCUGUAGCCGUACACAGUGCGAAGACGAGAAACUCAAGGAAUUGAUACAAAGAUUGCUGGCGCUAGAAAAAUACGUCGCAAGUAGGAAUAACAACGGCAGCAGCAACAACAACACAAAUAACAACAACAGCAACAACAAGAAUAAGGGGAAUAGCGUAGGGAACAAGAAGCCAAGUAUUACUUCCCUCGGAAUCAAAGCCUGCAACAACAACCCACUGAUAAUCAUCCCGAUGUUGCCACUGUGCUCUGAUAUCACAAGUAUCACUAUCGUACCAAUUCCACUACCAAAACAAAGAAAAAGAAAAAAGACAGGCAAGGGGCGUACACCUCAGGGAGCAAAGGCUGUCAAUCAAAAUCCAGGAACUGCCAAUCAGAAUCUGGGGCCUGACAAUCAAAGUCCAGGAACUGUCAAUCAAAAUCCAGGGCCUGACAAUCAAACUCCAAAACCUGCCAAUCAGAAUCCAGGGCCUGAUAAUCAAAAUUCAAGUGUGAGACCAACCCAGCUACCGCCACCUCCACCACUCCCUACUUCUGCCACACCCACCGGCACGACACCCUCCGUCAGUCCAGCAACUUACAGCUCGCCCACUCCCGUCACCAUCCAAGGCUCCACUUUCACUUUCGAUGACAACGCAUUCCUCUCCUUGCUCACACCACCUCCCCCUCAGGCAUCUAUGUCCUCUCCGUAUGGAGGCUCGGACACGUCGUUCCAAUUGCCAAACUACGCAAACGGGAAGGCCCAAGUGCGGGGGCUGCCUUUGAAUAACCAAGAAGCGAAGAACCAGAAUCUUAUCAAGAAAAACAAAAUUCCAUUGACAGUCAACAAGUUUCAUCAAAAGAAACGGAAAGUUCACAAGAAGACCAAAACGCACCACGCUCAUAAACAGAGUCACACAAGCAUAAAACCCUUUGAACGUCACUGAAGCAAGAGAUAUUACUAUUUAUAGUUUCAAAGCAAAUCAACGGAAUGCUCAAAUAUUGAUAUGUGUGAAUUAAAUUAUUAUGAAUGUACUGCUGUGGAGGUAUAAUAGCAGCUCAUCCUCUGUAUCAAUACCAUGGUAUUUAUGGUGAUACACGACAAAUCUUUAGGUGGUAUAUCAUGUGACACAUUUUUGUUAUCUUUGUUGAAUAUGUAUAAAUGCAAGGAAUCUCUUGUUCACAGCCUGCUCGCUCCAAGAUUUAUUGCACGCUUUAGGAAUCGACUGACAAAAGAAGACUACGGCUAGGACGGCGUGACCGGGAAUAUGAAAUUUAAAGCAGCGAUAACGGCAACGCGAACGGCGGCGGCAGAAAACAAUUGAAAAUUCAAAGGUUCAGCCGUUACAACGUGAAAACUCCAAGUUUCACGGCCUAGCGAAGAUGGGGACCUGUGCGCUGAAAACUAGACUAUGCUAUUGGGGAUAGUCGUCGAUGUAGUUGCUUAAAUUCCCUAUUAAAACUUAAGCGGUUGGCGAUAAAUUAUACUCAGAAACAAAUAGAAAUAAACCUUAACUCGUAAACUUCAUUACAAGCAAA